CACAGGAUAGGUGCUUUUCUUUCCUUUUUUUUUUCUUUUUCCCCAAACCUCUCCCCUCACACACUUUUCUUCUAAGCCUUGGCAUCCCCCAGUCCCCCUUCUUAAUAUUCGCUGCUACACCUCUCCUCUUCUUCCGCAUUCUAGCUUUCAAGAUUGUUGCCCACUUUGUGAUAAUGAACCUCUCAACUAGCUGACGAGUGAAAUAGCUAGGUUUCAACGAGGCUUGGGGUGUUUAAGUGGACAGACUGGCGCCUGGAUUAAAAAUUAAGGAAUGACAUUUGAGUGGGUCCAAAUUCAAAAGUCCUGAGGCUAUUUUCUAACCUUACAUGCUCUUCUCUGAAUGAGGGGCUUAGUGAAUGGGAGGUGUCUUGACAUCGUAGUCCGUUGUUGCUGUGUUAGCACAACUUUUUUCCCUCCAUUUGCCACUGAGCCACAUCUCUCUCCAUCACCUAUCUGGGCUCUGAGAGCCCAGAAUUAAAACCGAUAACAAAGUGACGGGUAUAAUCACAGACCCUGCUUUUCUUCUUUUACUAAGCCAGAAUUUCAACAAACUUAACACUUCCGUUUCUAGAGAAGUUACCUAGUUCAGUUAUUUUCAGAGUAUAUGUGGAAAGGAAAUAAACAAAAAUGGAAUGCACUGAAAAUGGGUAGUACAUUCUUUAUCUUGCGAAAAUCUUGAUGUUAACUGGAAGUUAGUUCUCUCCGCAAAAAUGACCCUGUAGUUCUUACUGGUUAUUCUGUUGAGUCUAUUCUGUCUCCAGUCAGCUGAACAUGUAUUCUGUAAAAUAAUACAAAUUGGUUAUUAUGUAAAAGGCAGAAGAACAGGACCAGGCACAUAGAAAUAAAUUUUAUUAUUAAUCAUCUGUCAUUUUUGAAGAUUUGCAGCAGCCACUGAGUAACCUCACAUCUGUAUGCCUUUUAUACUUUUAAAUGUUCUUCCAUAAUUUACCUUUUAAUGUGUAUCCGGAUGUCAGGAUUUACACUACCGUUUGGAUAUUCUUUGGAGUAAAUUGGGCUAUACAUUUCUGAAAUAAAAUCAGUUUAUAAUUUUCAUAAUUAAAGUGCAGAUACAAAGUAAUUCAGGCAUUGUAUGUUAUAUCAAAAAGAAUAUGCAUCAGUUUCAAGUACUAUUUGAGACUUUAGGCUUAAUCUUUUUGGGCACAUAUGAUCCAUUUUAAUAAUGAUCAACAGCUUUAUAUCUUAUUUCAUUAUCCUGGUGAGCAGGAUUGGAUGGUGAGAAAAGGAAAGACUCCUGUGAGAAGAGAGCAGGAUGAGCAGAGGGAUCUAUGCUUGAAGUUGAGUCACUUCAAAAAGAUCUCUUUGAAUGUGGAAGAGAUCCGAACAGAUGAAAAUACAAUCAGGAAAAUGCAACAUGGCAGCAGCGAUGGAAACAGAACAGCUUGGUGUUGAGAUCUUUGAAACUGCAGAGUGUGAGGAGAAUAUUGAAUCACAGGAUCGGCCUAAAUUGGAGCCGUUUUAUGUUGAACGAUACUCCUGGAGUCAGCUUAAAAAGCUGCUUGCUGAUACCAGAAAAUAUCAUGGCUACAUGAUGGCUAAGGCACCACAUGAUUUUAUGUUUGUGAAGAGGAAUGAUCCAGAUGGGCCUCAUUCGGACAGGAUCUAUUACCUUGCUAUGUCUGGUGAGAACAGAGAAAAUACACUGUUUUAUUCUGAAAUUCCCAAAACCAUCAACAGAGCAGCAGUCUUAAUGCUCUCUUGGAAGCCUCUUUUGGAUCUUUUUCAGGCAACACUGGACUAUGGAAUGUAUUCUCGAGAAGAAGAACUAUUGAGAGAAAGAAAACGAAUCGGAACAGUUGGAAUUGCUUCUUAUGAUUAUCACCAAGGAAGUGGAACAUUUCUAUUUCAAGCUGGUAGUGGAAUUUAUCACGUAAAAGACGGAGGGCCACAAGGAUUUACUCAACAACCCUUACGGCCCAAUCUAGUGGAGACUAGUUGUCCCAACAUUCGGAUGGAUCCAAAAUUAUGCCCAGCAGAUCCAGACUGGAUUGCUUUUAUACAUAGCAAUGAUAUAUGGAUAUCCAACAUUGUAACGAGAGAAGAAAGGAGGCUUACGUAUGUGCACAACGAGCUAGCCAACAUGGAAGAGGAUCCAAGAUCAGCUGGAGUUGCUACCUUUGUUCUUCAAGAAGAAUUUGAUAGAUAUUCUGGUUAUUGGUGGUGUCCAGAAGCUGAAACAACUCCCAGUGGCAGUAAAAUUCUUAGAAUUCUGUAUGAAGAAAAUGAUGAAUCCGAAGUGGAAAUUAUUCAUGUUACAUCCCCUAUGUUGGAAACAAGGAGGGCAGAUUCAUUCCGUUAUCCUAAAACAGGCACAGCAAAUCCAAAAGUCACUUUUAAGAUGUCGGAAAUACUGAUUGAUGCUGAAGGAAGGCUUAUAGAUGUCAUAGAUAAGGAACUAAUUCAGCCUUUUGAGAUUCUGUUUGAAGGAGUUGAAUAUAUUGCCAGAGCUGGAUGGACUCCAGAGGGAAAAUAUGCGUGGGCUAUCCUACUAGAUCGCUCCCAAACUCGCCUACAGAUAGUGUUGAUCUCACCUGAAUUAUUUAUCCCAGUAGAAGAUGAUGCCAUGGAAAGACAGAGACUCAUCGAGUCAGUACCUGACUCUGUGACGCCACUGAUUAUCUAUGAAGAAACAACAGACAUCUGGAUAAAUAUCCAUGACAUCUUUCAUGUUUUUCCCCAAAGUCAUGAAGAUGAAAUUGAAUUUAUUUUUGCCUCUGAAUGCAAAACAGGUUUCCGUCAUUUAUAUAAAAUCACAUCCAUUUUAAAGGAGAGCAAAUACAAACGAUCCAGUGGUGGGCUGCCUGCCCCAAGUGAUUUCAAGUGCCCUGUCAAAGAGGAAAUAGCAAUUACCAGCGGUGAAUGGGAAGUUCUUGGCCGGCAUGGAUCUAAUAUCCAGGUUGAUGAAGUCAGAAAGCUGGUAUAUUUUGAAGGCACCAAAGACUCUCCUUUAGAACAUCACCUGUACGUGGUCAGUUAUGUAAAUCCUGGAGAGGUGACAAGGCUGACCGACCGUGGCUAUUCCCACUCUUGCUGCAUCAGCCGGCAUUGUGACUUCUUUAUAAGUAAGUAUAGUAACCAGAAGAAUCCACACUGUGUGUCCCUUUACAAGCUCUCAAGUCCUGAAGAUGACCCAACCUGCAAAACAAAGGAAUUUUGGGCCACCAUUUUGGAUUCAGCAGGUCCUCUUCCUGACUAUACCCCUCCAGAAAUUUUUUCUUUUGAAAGCACUACUGGAUUUACAUUGUAUGGGAUGCUAUACAAACCUCAUGAUCUACAACCUGGAAAGAAAUACCCGACUGUGCUGUUUAUAUAUGGUGGUCCUCAGGUGCAGUUGGUGAAUAAUCGGUUUAAAGGAAUCAAGUAUUUCCGAUUGAAUACCCUAGCCUCUCUGGGUUACGUGGUUGUAGUGAUAGACAACAGGGGAUCCUGUCACCGAGGGCUUAAAUUUGAAGGCGCCUUUAAAUAUAAAAUGGGUCAAAUAGAAAUUGACGAUCAGGUGGAAGGACUCCAAUAUCUAGCCUCUCAAUAUGAUUUCAUUGACUUAGAUCGUGUGGGCAUCCAUGGCUGGUCCUAUGGAGGAUACCUCUCCCUGAUGGCAUUAAUGCAGAGGUCAGAUAUAUUCAGGGUUGCUAUUGCUGGGGCCCCAGUCACUCUGUGGAUCUUCUAUGAUACAGGCUACACGGAACGUUAUAUGGGUCACCCUGACCAGAAUGAACAGGGCUAUUACUUAGGAUCUGUGGCCAUGCAAGCAGAAAAAUUCCCCUCUGAACCAAAUCGUUUACUACUCUUACAUGGGUUCUUGGAUGAGAAUGUCCAUUUUGCACACACCAGUAUAUUACUGAGUUUUUUAGUGAGGGCUGGAAAGCCAUAUGAUUUACAGAUCUAUCCUCAGGAGAGACACAGCAUAAGAGUUCCUGAAUCUGGAGAACAUUAUGAACUGCAUCUUUUGCACUACCUUCAAGAAAACCUUGGAUCACGUAUUGCUGCUCUGAAAGUGAUAUAACUUUGACCUGUGUAGAACUCUGGUAUACACUGGCUGUUUAACCAGAUGAGGAGGUUUAAUCAGUAGAGAAUUGAUCAUCACAUUUUGGUACCUGCCACAUAACAUCUACUUCUGAAAGUAUAUUUGGUGCCAUGCAGGUGUUUACAGCUUGUAGAUAGUAAUCUAAUACCUUAACCAUACACAAAAUUAAAUGAUACAUAUUUCUAAGGGACCCAGCAAUACCAUGAGAAUUACUGAAAGAAAUAAGACAUUAGUACCAUGUAUCCAUACUACCUUAUUUUCAUUUUUAAUAGCAUUAUGAAACCUCAUGGACUUAAUUAGUGUAUUUUUACAGUAUACUUCUGAAUUUGUUAAAAUAUGAUAUUAGUGAUUGGUUUGGUUCAAUUCCAGAAUCUCUGACUAGUUACAGAUUUGAUAGCACUUAAAUGUAAUUGAAUAGCUUAUACUACAUUGCUUGGGGUGUAUCCAGCAUGUUAUGAACUAAUCACUAUUAAACCUAUGGCUUAACCGGUCAUUAAUGAUUUUUCAAGGAUAACUUAGUAGCCUCCUAAAGACACUUAAUUUUGUUUCAUUCAGACUCUGACCAGUUUUUAACCAAUUUAAACUGUAUCUAGUAUAAAUAGUUCUCUUUGAUGAUAUGACCGAGUGGGUUUUUCCUUUCACAUAAAGGCAAGUAACUGUAUAUGUAGCAUGGAUUUAAUUAGUCUUAUAAUAUUGAUAAUUACAGACAGGAAAAUUUUAAUCAAAUGAUUAGAGCUUAAAUAUUUGCAGGCAAUUUCACUUUAGGAAAAGAAAAAAGUACACAUUCACUUGUAUUUUUCAGAAAAUUUAGUGGUGCCAGUUUCCAUUGGGUAUUUCCUCAUUGAAAUAUUCCAGAGUUUUAGGGCAGUGGAGGGGAAUUUUGGUGGGGUGGGGGAGACCAGAGUGUGGAGAACGGCAGGGAGAGGAGAAGGCAAGGGUCUGCUUAAGAUCUAAGCAGAAGUAUAAUUUGACAAAAAAUACUCAUGAAAAAGUUUAGGAAUUGAAAUUUAAACUCCUAGAAUAUUAGUUAAGGAAACCAGAUUAAGAAAUCACACUCUUGCCAACACAGGUACAGACUAACAUUAUUCAGAGGAGGAAAAGUUCCGUAGAGUUACUUUUACAAUUCUAAUUCUAAUUUUUUUAAUUUUCUUCUUAAUUUUGGAAACCUUACAAAUUGAAACUUUCUUUAACCUUUUUAAAUUAUUUGAAUAUUAUUUAGAUAUUGUGAGCUUAAAGAGUUUCCAGACAACCUCUUUACCAUAAACUGAUCCCCAGCAAGGCAUGGCUCUCUUUUGCAAUGUUCAAAGCUUAUAAGUGAGUUCCUGAAUGACCGUGAUAUUUUUCUGGUUUAGCCCUAGCAGUUGACUAUUAAGGGAGCUCAUAGUGCCGAUUGGGAUCUGCCAUCUUAGAAUCUUAGGGUGUUAGAUGGGUCACAUUGGAGCCAGUGGCAGAGAAGGCACCUAUGAGUUUGACAAGCCUCAGUGUUUGGAAAGUACUUCUAAACAACACUCCAAAAAAAAAAUUACUCUCUUCUUUCUCACCACUACAGAGAGAGUAGAUUUCUGCCCUAGAGAGCACAGCCUCCAUUAGCAAGGAUGGUGACUGUGCAUGAGAUGUGGACUUCAUCACUAAGGGCCGCAUGGGAGGUGGGGGAGGUCCAGAGAUGGCAGGGUGACCUGGUGGUGCUGUCUGUGGAGGGGGAUUGGGUUUUGCUGUUUUUGUAUUUAUACUGUAUAAUAGGUACCACACUUUUCCCUGUGUCUGUAUAUGUAUUGAUUUUCUUGUUAUGAUAUUUUCCCAUGCCAAUAUUUGUUUAUAUUUUUUUCAAUGUUAAAUUAAAUUGAUUUGGGUAA